AUGUUUCUACCCAACAAGAAAUUCCUGAUUGGAACAUGUAUAAAUGGGCUACUUAUUUCGAUGGUCCAAAACGUGACCAGGUUUUAAAUGUAAUUAGCCUAGAAGUGAGCGACACAUCCUUUGGUAAAUCAAUAGUCCGUCCACGCAUUGUAAGAGAGCUUGACUGGGUUGAGAACAUGUGGCCCUUACAUACGAAAAAUAUUGAAUAUCCUAAAGUUCAGCUUUAUUGCCUUAUGAGCAUUAAGGAUAGCUUCACUGAUUUUCAUAUCGAUUUCGGUGGAACGUCCGUUUUUUAUCAUGUCAUAAAAGGAUCAAAAGUAUUUUAUUUUGUUCCACCAACGCCAUCCAAUUUAAAAAGGUAUUCUAGAUGGAUAUCCUCACCAGAACAAUCCAUGACCUUUUUUGCUGAUUUGGUCAAAGAUAGUUAUGAAGUGAAAUUAGUCGCUGGUAAUACCAUGAUAAUUCCUACCGGAUGGAUUCAUGCAGUAUAUACGCCAGAUGAUUCGAUAGUCAUCGGGGGCAAUUUUUUACAGGGGUUUAAUAUUAGAGGUCAAUUGGCAGUUUAUGAUAUUGAAAAACGUACUAAUGUCCCGAUAAAAUAUCGAUUUCCAUAUUUCGAGAAAAUGUGUUGGUAUGCAGGGAAGUAUUAUAAUGAGAUACUUAAAGAGGAUCCAUUAUCCUUAUCUCAAUGGGAGUUGAAAGGUAUAGUAGAUUUAGCUUUAUUUUUACUUGACUUAGCCGGUAGAUUUGGGUCAGGUAAUGAAUCAACGACAGAAGAACAACAAUUAAUAAAGGACAAUAUUCCGGAAGAAAUAUCUGAUCCUACAAGGCUAACGAAAAGGUUGAGUAGGAGAAUAAACAGAAUAAUCAGCCAAGGUAACGUGGAUUUUGAAGAAGAAUUAGAGGACAAAAAUCAUAAUUUAAAAUCACGUAGUGAUAACAAUUCCGGAAAAGCGUGGGAAAAUUCUGUAAGUGGUUCCACAAAAAUCAAAUUAAGAGUUAAGAGACGAAUGGUAGAUGAAGAUCAUGAGAGAAGGGUUAAAUGGACGAAAACCAAUAAUUCCGUUCCGCCGCGACCGUCACCAUAUAAUUAUAGUAUUUAUAGUUAUGAUGAAAAUGAUCGAGAAUCAUCAACUUCACCGACCCCGGAAGAAAUAGUAAGGGUUGAACAAAUAAUAAAGGAAAAAAUUCGCGAGUUUGAGAAAGAAAAGUUACAAAAAUUGGAAGAAACAGAAAAGUUUCAUUGGGAAGAGAUAUAA